ACACAAGCUUUAAAGUAAGUGAAUCAUGUGGGCCUCAUUUAUUUUUAAAAGAAACUUCUGAGAAGAGCUUAGAACAAUUUUUUCCCCCCUGAGUGCCAUUUCCCAAAGGUACUCACAAAACAAUAAGGUGUGACUGUAAUGGCUGCACUGAGUUGUCUUUUGGACAGUGUUAGAAGGGACAUAAAGAAGGUGGACCGAGAACUAAGGCAGUUGAGAUGCAUCGACGAAUGCACGCGAUGCCUCUGCGACUUGUACAUGCACCCAUACUGCUGCUGCGACCUGCACCCCUACCCGUACUGCCUGUGCUACUCGAAGCGAGCGCGCUCCUGUGGCCUGUGCGACCUCUAUCCGUGUUGCCUGUGUGACGUCAAGCUUUACUGCCUGCGGCCAUCUCUCAGAAGUUUGGAGAGGAAAGCCAUUAGAGCCAUAGAAGAUGAAAAGAGAGAGCUUGCCAAACUGAGAAGAACAACAAAUAGAAUUCUGGCCUCCUCUUGCUGUAGCAGUAACAUUUUAGGAUCGGUAAACGUGUGCGGCUUUGAACCGGAUCAAGUCAAAGUUCGGGUGAAGGACGGAAAGGUGUGCGUGUCCGCAGAGCGGGAGAACAGGUACGACUGCCUCGGGUCGAAAAAGUACAGCUACAUGAACAUCUGCAAAGAGUUCAGCCUGCCGCCCUGCGUGGACGAGAAAGACGUGACGUACUCCUACGGGCUCGGCAGUUGCGUCAAGAUCGAGUCUCCCUGCUACCCCUGCACCUCUCCCUGCAACCCUUGCAACCCCUGCAGCCCCUGCAGCCCCUGCAGCCCCUGCAACCCCUGCAACCCCUGCAACCCCUGUGACCCUUGCAGCCCCUGCUAUCCCUGCGGGAGUCGCUUUUCCUGUAGGAAGAUGCUUUUGUAAAGCGUAGGAACGCAUGACUUAGUGAAAGGCACCUACUCCAGUCAGGCAGCUCUUCCAGUGUUUCUCUCCCCUCUUCCCGCGGCCCAUGUUAGUUAAGGCGGUAGGAAACUGAAUACAUAACUGCAAUCCA